CGGGAAACAACAAAUGCUUUACCAAAAAAUUAGUGAAGUUUGAACUUUGAAGUACAUUUUUGAACUAUCUCUCAGCUUUCCCAUUUAUAUUUUCAGCUUUCAGCAUCCACACUACUACACUAGCUAUGGCUUCUUCAUCAUUUUCAACCACCAAUCUCCAUUAUAUCAUGCUCAAUGUCUUCUACUUCAUAGUUACUUUUACGUCUGGAUACUUCUCUUCCACAUCACUUGCUGAUUCACCCUUUCCUCAAGAAGGCCUUCCCGCCAAAUCAGGGUACCUCACGGUCAACUCAACGACCGGCUCCGCCAUUUUCUACGCAUUCUACGAAGCCAGGAACCCGAUUUCCACUCACUCUCAGACUCCAAUACUGAUAUGGCUUCAAGGCGGUCCCGGCUGCUCCUCCAUGAUCGGGAACUUCUACGAGCUAGGUCCUUGGCGAGUGUCGAGGAAAACAGGACCGAUCUCGUUAGUUCCGAAUCCCGGAUCCUGGAAUCAAAGGUUCGGGUUACUUUUCCUCGAUAACCCUAUCGGAGUAGGGUUUAGCAUAUCCGCAUCUCCCGAAGAGAUCCCCAGGAACCAACGCGAUGUCGCCAGACAUCUCUUCAUCGCGAUCAAAAAGUUCAUAGCGUUGGACGCCGCUUCGUUCAGGACACGGCCGAUUUAUAUCUCCGGUGAGAGUUACGCCGGGAAAUAUGUCCCGGCGAUCGGGUAUCAUAUCCUGAAAAGGAACUCCGGUUUGCCGAUGUCAAGCAGGAUGAAUCUGGCGGGUGUAGCUAUAGGGAAUGGCCUGACUCACCCGGUAGCUCAAGUGGCCACUCAUGCUGUAAAUGCAUAUAAUUUAGGGUUAAUCAACGGCAAGCAGAAGACUGAAUUGGAGAAACUUCAAAAGGUGGCCAUCAGUCUGACUGAAACAGGGAAUUGGAGCGAGGCGACAAGUGCUAGGUCUAAAGUCUUGAGUACAUUGCAUGACAUGACUGGACUGGCAACACUCUAUGACUUCAGAAGGAAAACUCCUUACGAAGACGCAAUGGUGGCUGAUUUCUUGAACAACCAGGAGAUUAAAAAAUUGUUAAAAGCGAAGGAAGAUAUCACUUUUGAAACGUGCAGUGAUGUGGUGGGCGAGGCUUUGCACUCGGAUGUGAUGAAGAGUGUCAGAGAGAUGGUGGAGUUCUUGGUUAAGAACAUUAAGGUUUUGUUGUACCAAGGGCAGUGUGACUUGAGGGAUGGGGUGGUGUCGACGGAGGCAUGGAUCAAGACAAUGCGGUGGGAAGGGCUCAAAGACUUCUUGGCUGCCGAAAGAAAUAUUUGGAAGGUGAAUGAAGAGCUAGCUGGAUAUGUGCAGAGCUAUGGGAAUUUGACCCAUGUUGUUGUUUUGGCUGCUGGCCAUUUGGUCCCUACGGAUCAGUCUCUGCACUCUCAAGCCAUGAUAGAAAAUUGGGUUCUCGAGAAAAAAUCACUCUAGCCAUAAAACCAGUGAACUGAAUGCUUUCCAGUUUUAUUCAUCUGGCAAUCCUCUUUGUGCACCACUUUCAUAAGCAAAGUGAGAACCACCCGGCUAUCGUUUACAAAGAGUCACCCGAAAUGAACGGAUAUCAUUUGAUAUCAAGCUCUCACCCCAAGUGAACCUUUUGAUCUCAAGUUUUUAUUCAUUGAUCUUACUCCUUGAUCAAGUGGUCAUUGGUCUGGCCUGACUUGAUGAAAUGGUGUUUCUGUUACUUGUAUUAUGUAUUAAUUAGUGUCUCCAUUUUCCAAUUUGUUUCACAAUAUGAACGGUAACACAAUAGAUACAUAUCACAUCAUCAUGUAAUACAAAAUGUCUUAUUUCUAAUUCUUACCCUUUACAAUGCC